AUUUUUUUUGCAGGUUUGAGUUCCGUCGCUACUUGGCAUGGCUCCUUCACUUACACGGGAACAAGUUUCCUCAGCACAAAUCAGUGGUGAUUAUGCCAUAAAACCAGAAUCUACAACUCCUCAAUUGAACACUUCCGAAUGGCCCUUACUCUUGAAAAAUUACGACAAAUUGCUCAUUCGCUCAAGUCACUUUACGCCAAUUCCUUCAGGCUGCAGUCCUCUGAAGCGUGAUAUCACAUCGUAUAUCAAGUCUGGCGUUAUAAAUUUGGACAAGCCAUCCAAUCCUUCCUCACACGAAGUUGUCGCAUGGCUGAGGAGGAUUUUGCGAGUGGAAAAAACUGGACACAGUGGUACACUAGAUCCAAAAGUCACUGGAUGCUUAAUCGUCUGCAUUGACCGUGCGACGAGACUGGUCAAGUCUCAACAGGGUGCAGGGAAAGAAUAUGUCUGUGUACUCCGUCUCCACGCUGGUCUUCCCAGCCCUGCAGCUCUCCCGAGAGCUCUACAGACUCUCACCGGCGCGCUUUUCCAACGACCUCCUCUCAUUUCUGCUGUGAAGCGACAGCUUCGUGUCAGAACCAUCCACGAAUCCAAACUGCUUGAAUUCGAUGAAAAACGCAAUCUCGGUGUCUUCUGGGUAUCCUGCGAGGCCGGCACGUACAUCCGGACGUUAUGUGUCCAUCUCGGAUUAGUUCUAGGUGUCGGUGGGCAUAUGCAAGAACUGAGGAGAGUGCGAAGUGGUGCAAUGUCGGAAAAUGACGAAAUGGUCACUAUGCACGAUGUAAUGGACGCGCAAUGGAUGUACGAUAACACAAGAGAUGAAUCAUAUCUACGACGCGUUAUUCGACCUUUAGAAUGUCUAAUGGUCGGUUACAAACGUAUCGUCGUCAAGGAUAGCGCGGUCAAUGCAGUUUGUUAUGGCGCCAAACUAAUGAUACCUGGUCUAUUGCGAUAUGAAAAUGAUAUAUCUGUUCAUGAGGAGGUGGUGUUGAUGACCACCAAAGGCGAGGCAAUUGCUCUCGCCAUCGCACAGAUGUCUACUGUGGAAUUGGCGACCUGUGAUCAUGGCGUCGUUGCCAAAGUCAAGCGGUGCAUCAUGGAGCGAGAUACCUACCCUCGUCGAUGGGGUCUGGGCCCUGUGGCCCUUCAAAAGAAGAAGAUGGUUAAAGAUGGCAAACUCGGAAAACACGGGCAAAAGGUUGAUGGAGUGACACCCGCAGAUUGGAGUCGCGACUACGUCGACUACAACCGUGACGAGCAACCCACUGCUGGCCCAUCAACCACUACAAUUAAAGUUAGUGAGAGUAAAGUUGAAGUAGCGCAAGUUGCAAUGUCAGUGCCUGAAGAAUCAAGUCCUGUCAAAGAAGAAAAGGACAAGAAGAAGCGCAAGCGCAAGUCUGAUGCUGUUGAGGAUGCGGAUGCGUCGAUGGCCGUUGACGAAGAUGAUGCUGAAAAGGCCGAGAAGAAGAAGCGGAAAAAGGAGAAGAAAGCUGCGAAGGAGGCCAAGGAAGCGGAAGCAACAGAGGGAGAUGACGAGGCACGACGAGAACGGAAGCGUCUCAAAAAAGAGAAAAAGGCUAAAGAGGAAGCCACAAGCGACUAACCGCCUGCUUGCUACAUAUCUAGCUCACGUCGUAUAUAAUAUCUUGAGUCGGUGACAUUGUAUUUUUCACAUUUACCUCUUUCUGCGACAUGUUAUGAUGGCAGCCCCUCACGCAGCAACCUUCUGAGUCGCGUAUUGAGGAAG